AUGACUUCUCAGCAACCAAACCCACGCGGCGGGAUCACCACUCUCUUCAAGAAGAGAACUAGUACCAUCCUACCCUACGGUCCUCAAACCAACCCUUAUCACUACAAUCCAAAUCACUACGAAGACAACCGCGGAGGAGAGAAGAUAUCUGUAUUGAAGAAGAUUUCAAUGGCUCUCCCUGGCAGCCAGCCAAGACGGCCUCGCGCAAUUUCGAAUGCGACACCUUCUCACCGCUAUUCGGAAGUAGCUUCCUGGGCCGCUACUGAAAUAUCCACUGUUGCAUCCACUCGAGAGAAUGCUCGCCGGACUGCCAUGUCUAACCAGCUGGUCCUAGACAUCUCUCGUGCCAAUCGGUGCAUCAACCUAGGCGCUGUGACGCCGGGCUCGUCAGAGGAACACCGUUUUUCCGAUGAAAUCAUCAGACCCUCUAUGUCGUCCGCUGGGUAUGGCCAGUACUCUUCCGGCCGAGGGUUUACAACCGACAAUGCCACGCUGAUAUCUCCAACGUUCCCCAGGCGAGGGGGCUCUGACGAGUCCUAUCUACCAACGGGACCAAGAAAUGGUGGUGGUCGUCUCUUCGUUACACAUGGCAGAAGUCUCAGCGACACCUCAAUCGCUCCCCCUCAGAUGAACGUCCAUUUCGAUACCACCCGCUUUGUUGGUCGACAUCAGUUCCCUAGACGUCCCGAUGGGCGCCCAUUAAAGCGAGCAUCGCAACCUCCCCGCAAGGCGAAUCGUAAAUCGAACGCUCCAGGGUCCGUAUACUCUGACGAUCGCUCCUUCACUACGGCGACCACCAAAGUCAAUCGUACUCCCAGACCGAACUACCUCGCCUUCCCAGACGAUAUAAUGAGCAAGAUCUCAAACCACACCGACUGCCAACAGUCUGAAACUUCCCAGUCACCGUCUACCGUCAGCAUCGCCGAUCCCUUCAAUAACCUCUUCAUUAGCGCCGGCAUCUCUCUCAUUUUGCUCAUCAUAUUGGCAGCAGGCAAAGAGAUUCUCUACAUAGUAGCCCUCAUGCCGGUAAUCUUCGCCUUGAUAAAGCACAUCCCGAAUAUGGAGAAAGUAGUCUCGCUCACACCUUUCCUUCAAGGCAACCUCGAAUCGCUGAUCUCUCUGUGA